ACGCGCGCAAUAUUUAAAUCGUAUAGAAAGCCUGAAUAUAUAUUCGCAUAAUAUUCAUAUAUAAAGUAAAAAGUUGUUUCGUUAGUGCUUUGUCCGGAUUAUGGAUGCUACUCGCGAGUCCGAUGUCUUUAAAAAGAUGACCGUAGUUCAAAUUAAAAAUUUUCUACUUGCAAGAGGAGUCAGUGUAAAUGGCUAUGAUAAAAUUACGCUGAUCAAAAUAGCUGCUGCGGUUGAAAGAAUGUGUAUUCCUCUACUUCCAACCUUAACAAACGAUCGAAAGAAUGGUGCUGCAAGCGAUGAACGUUUGAUUAUUAAUGAUAUGGAAAUCGAAAACCCCUUUAAAAUGUCUGUGAUGAAUAACUUCAUCGACUCUCCAUCUUUCGGUUUGUACGACAUAUUCAACUAUUUGAUUUUCCAUUCGACUGCGUACGAUAAGCAAGGUCUAGCUGCGUACAAAUCCUUCGACGACUACAGUCUAUUUGAAGAUGGCCAUGUAGAAUCGUUAAUGACUAAAACAUUGAACAAUGAAAGGCUUCAUGUCUAUGUAGCUAAGGUGCGACCAGCUAUGAAGGUGAAAACUGAUGAUGGAAAACCUUGCUACGAUCUUUGGUUUAUCUUGGAAGGUCAUGGUCCCAACCGAGGUAGCGUUUUGAAGGCGAAGUGUAUGUGCAAAGGAGGCCGUGAUGGGGGAUGUAAACACAUCGGGGCCGCCAUGUAUUCGCUGGAAGAGGUGCUGAACACGCGAAGUAAAGAUAGCGUGACAAGUGGCAGUUGUGUGUGGGUCAAGAAAGCUAGCGCUAGUACGAAAGCAUGCGAAGUAUCUGACCUAGUGAUUGAAAAACCAAAAUUACCUUCGUACAAACUGAGGAAGAGGGACCACGCAUAUUCUCAAAACAUUGACGUGGACGUAAGAGCUCAUAAGGACCAAAAGCCCAUAAAGAAAAGAAAGCUGAGAAGACUUACCGGAUUGAUGAAACUAAUGAAACAACGUCCUGCCAUUCUGCCAGUACUCCAGAAACGAUACUGCGCACCAAAGAAAUCUCCAACACUAUUGACCAUUGAAAAUGGUGACAAGAGUACAAGUGGUACCAGUUCAAGUGAUGGGAUCAUGAAACGUAAAAUUUCUAUUUGCAUGGAAAGCAACAAGCAUGCCACAGAAGAUUUAGUGUUUCAAAAGUUAUCAUUCACAGACAAGGAGAUUGAUGAUAUCAACCAGGCUACGGUAAAACAGUUCCAGUGCAAAGAAUGGUAUUGUGAAAAAGCUGGUUUCAUUUCAGCAUCGAAAGUUAAGCGUGUUGUUACCAGACAGGCAACUAUUGAAAAGAACAGACCAAAGAAGACAGAUGUCAGCUGUCUGGUAAACAUGAUUACAAAUCCCAAAGUACCACCAAACAUUGUUCUGCCACAACAACCACACAACUCAUUAACAUGGGGGUUAGUUCAUGAGACAAGUGCAAGGGAUGCUUACUUACGAGUUGAAAGGCACAAACACCACAAUAUAAAGUUAGUGUCUAAAGGCUUUCUCAUUUCAAAGAAGAGAAAAUUUCUUGGUGCCAGUCUCGACAACAUAAAGACAUGCCAGUGUUCCAGUAAUUGUCCAGAUGUUGUUGUCGAAUAUAAAUGUCCAUGGAAGCACAAAGAUAUGCAUCCCAAAAAAGCGUUUUUGACACCAGAAAUUGGUGGUAUUGAAAAAGAUAAGACCUUCUGUCUUACCAAAAGCAGUGCAUACUAUCACCAGAUCCAGGCACAAAUGUUUGUUUCUGAGCUUUUUCAUUGUGACUUUGUUGUUUGGACAAGUCAAGGAAUUUUUGUUCUGCCAGUAUCAUAUGAUGCUGCAUUUAUGGACCAUGUUUGCAAUCAGUUGGAAGCAUUUUGGAAAGCAGAAGUUCUCCCUUGUAUGAUGGCAGACUCAAACUUGAAUGUUGCUAACACAGUAACUGGGGACAAUCUAGAUACAAACAAAGAAACUGCACCUAGAGUUACAAACAACAAUGGGCAUUCAGUUUCCCCUAUGGUAACCCAAUUACCUUGCAAUGAACCUUGCAAUAUGCAAGUUAUGGAUUGUGAUGGGAACAAUUCCACUACAACAACAUCAUUCAAAUUUCACGGUAUUGAAGUGUAUGAGCAAGAUAUUACAACCCUCGAGCCAGGAAUGAUGCUUAAUGACACAGUUGUAACUGUCUUAUUUGAAGAACUUGCUUGUCCAUUCCCAGUCAUCGAUUCUCUUUUUUAUUCUGUUCUUUGUGGGGAACAAGAUGUAAGAAAAGCAACAAGCAGGUCUGAACGAAUCCUAUCAGCCCAACCAUUUUUCAAGGCAGAUAUUUUGAAAAAUGACUACAUAGUAAUUCCAAUCAACAGGAGGCUACACUGGUUACUAGCCAUCAUAACCCCAUGGCAUGUGCUUUUUUUGGACUCUUUAUCCUGGGAAAUUUCUAGCAAAAGAGCUGAAAUGAAGUAUUUAAUCAGUUAUUUAGAUCAUAUGUCUAAUAUAUCAGGGAAUCCCAAUAGAUGCACAAGUUUGAAAUGCCAUGUUCUAAAGGUUCCAAGGCAGGAUCCUCAUACUAACAACUGUGGGAUUUACAUAGCAAUGUUUCUCAGUAGCUUUGAAAAGGACAUUGAAAAAUAUGAGGAAAAUCCUGAUGAGUAUGUCAAAUUGACUCAUUGUUGGUUCACAGAAGAUGAAGCUGAAGAAAAUAGAACCAGGAUUAGAAACCAACUUACAGGACUGAGUUUAUUGGCAAAACAUAGAAAAUAAUUUACAGCUCAAGUCUACAGUAUUCUUCCUCCUUGUUUAUACAACUGGGCUGCAAAUUUACUAAUGCAGCACAAACAGCAAUUAUUGAGUUUACAUGAGGCUUCAUUGUU